ACAGAGCGCUAUGAAAUGUAUCUUCGAGGACUAGACUUUACGAUCGUAACGGACCACAAGCCUCUAGUAAAAAUAUUCAGUGAGUCUUCGAAGCCAAACCAACGCCAAGAAAGAUGGGUCCUCAGAAUGCAAUCUUUCCGGUACAGUAUUGUUUAUUCACCGGGAGAGACAAACAUUGCCGAUCCCUUGUCGCGUCUUUCCGAAUGCGAUAUAGCAAAAACAUUCGACAAACAAACAGAACAUGUUUUAAGCGCUAUAGUUGAAGUUACUAAACCAACUGCCCUGACUAUGUCCGAAAUCGUUCGUCAAUCCCAGGAAGAUGAACAAAUCCAAUGCGUGAUGCGCGCAUUGAUAGAUGGCGACUGGGACUCGGUUCCUAAAGGGUUUCUUCCAUUCAAGACCGAGUUAUGCUCAGUGAGAGACGUACUGCUACGAGCUAACAAAAUUGUGAUCCCAGAAGGACUUCGAGCCGGUGUGCUGGACCUUUCCCACGUAGGGCACCCUGGAAAAGAGAAAAUGAAACGUCGAUUGAGAGCUGCUGUGUGGUGGCCGGGGAUAGACAUGGAUGUGGAGAAAAAAUGCAGAAGCGCUGAUUUCUUAGGUCCUCUGCCAAACGGAAAAUAUAUCUUCGUUUUGGUGGAUCUGUAUAGUCGAUUUGUGAUUGCUGAAUUUAUGACCAGAACUACUUCCGCCGAUGUUAUCCGCUUCCUAAAACAAGUCUUCACUAGAAUGGGCCUCCCAACAGUUUUGACCACAGAUAAUGCGAAAAACUUUUCAAGCCAAGAACUCAAGGACUACUGCGUUGACUUCGGUAUAAAACUGUCACACACAACACCUUACUGGCCAAGCGCAAACGGAGAAGUUGAGAGGCAGAACCGAUCUCUGUUGAAGGUUUUAAAAAUUAGCCAACAGAAAGGUACAAAUCUGGAGGAAGCCCUACAGGAAUACUUAUAUAUGUACUCUGUAACACCUCACAGCGUGACCGGGGUUGCCCCCGCAACAUUAAUGUUCGGUAGGCGAUUCCGUGAUCUGUUUCCACAUUGGAACGAAGUUGAAACCUUGGACGAAGAAAUGCGCGAUAGAGAUAACAUCAUCAAACACCAAACGAAGGAGAGUCGGGACAGACGAGUGGGAGCCAAGGAAGCAUCUAUCCAGGUGGGAGACGAGGUGCUAAUGAAAAACACGCUGCCAAGAAAUAAACUGUCUCCAACUUUCUUGCCGACUCCUACAACAGUAACUGCCAAGCACGGUAGCUCUAUCACCGUAAAGGCUCCAUCCGGACAAGAGUACACACGGAACAGCUCACAUCUUAAACUCAUACCACGAACACAGGAAGAACGUAACUCGGUGUCAUCGGAUGCCUUUGAAGCUGAAGAGUGGAAUAAGGAUUCGUCAGGAUGCAGCCGCUCCCGUCCAACGCGUAUCACAUCUGCACCUAAGAGGUUCGAGGACUACAUCAUGCAACCGGCAGAUAGUGUCUUCGAAUAA